CUUCUCUUUAUGUUAAUCCACUCUGCUAGUUAGAGCAUGGCUCUAAGCUAGCUUCGAGGUGCCACAAUCACCUGGCUGCUCGCCACCUGGAGCAACCAUGUGAUUUUACUUAAGUAGCUACCCGUAAAAACGUUUGACACUAGCUUGUUUGUUACUCUGGAGGGAAAGAUAAUGAGACGCCUGCUGAGCUGGGUCUUCAGUGCCCAUAAAGUCAUCCGGACCGUGUGGCUGACCGUAUCCCCCCUCAGGUUAGGAAACACCUCUCACCUGCUGUGCGCCUCAUCUUUGCAGGGAGACAGAGUUGGCAAUGGGACUCACACCAAAAAGGCGCUGCUGGCAGACCCUCAGCUGUUUGAAGACCAGUUUGAGGCGCUCGUGACGGAGCUCACAGAGAGAGACUUUACAGACCCCGUGCUGGCUGACGCCUUGAAAAGACUGAGAGAGGUUUUGGUAUACAACACCCCUGGAGGAAAGAGGAACCGAGGACUGUCUGUGAUUGGCUCUCUCAGGGAACUUGUCCCGCCCUCCCAACUUACCCAGGACAAAGUGCAGCGGGCUCUGUUGGUUGGCUGGUGCAUUGAACUGCUUCAAGCAUUUUUCCUCGUGGCAGAUGAUAUCAUGGAUGGAUCUGUGACUCGGAGAGGACAGCCCUGCUGGUACAAGAAGGAUGGAAUAGGUCUGGAUGCUAUUAAUGACUCCUUUCUAUUAGAGGGGUCAAUCUACAGACUACUCCGCAGACACUGCAGGGAUCAACCCUACUAUGUUCACCUACUAGAGCUGUUCAAUGAGGUCACUUUCCAGACAGAGCUCGGUCAGGCUCUGGACCUCAUGACAGCUCCACCUAGUGACAUUGACCUCAGCAGAUUCACUAUGGAAAGGUAUAAAGCUAUUGUAAAAUACAAGACUGCCUUUUACUCAUUUUAUCUCCCAGUGGCAGCUGCAAUGUAUAUGGCAGGAGUCAAUAGUGAAGAAGAACACAAUAAUGCCAAACACAUCUUACUUGAGAUGGGGGAGUUCUUUCAAAUACAGGAUGACUACUUAGACUGUUAUGGUGACCCUGCUGUGACAGGAAAGAUUGGCACAGACAUCCAGGAUAACAAAUGCAGCUGGCUGGUAGUGACAGCCCUGGAAAUCAUGACUCCUGAGCAAAAAGCAGAGCUCCAGGGGUGUUACGGGCAACCCGAUGAAGCCAGCGUGGAAAAGGUCAAAACACUGUACAACACCCUGCACAUGCCAUCAUUGUACCAAAAAUAUGAAGAGGAAAGCUACCAGCGCCUACAGAAACUCAUCGCUAGUCAUGCUCAAAACCUUCCUCACUCUGUCUUCCUCAAUUUUGCCAAGAAAAUCUACAAGAGAAACAAGUGAGAGGGCUUGCUGCUUGUGAGAAAAUAUAUUGACAGUGUCAAAUACACAAGUCUGGUUCCAUUUUUGACUGUAAUCAAGCUGCAGAAUAAAGUUCCCCUCUCUUUUAUUUAAAGAGUGUGUUUCAGACUUUAACAGCAUAACCCAGCCAGGACUUUGGUUGCAUAAUAGACCGUGUUCUCUGUCAGAAUGUGAUUGAUAGGAUAACUUUGGAGUGAAUCACAGAGGGCUUGAUUUAACUUCAGUGUUUGCCGGAACCGAGGAACACAUGACGGGAUGAUAGAUUUAUUUAUUUUUGAUUGCAUAACAAAAGGAAUGUAGCUGCAGAGGACAGAUGAUUAAAACUGACCAGCCUAUUUGUUUGAUAUGUUUUAUAGUGUUUAAAGUCUGUACUGGCCAGGAUUUUAAUUGUUUUUAAUAAAUAUAAACAAACGUG